GUCACGUGAUUUCAGGGAAUUCUGCCUCUCUUUAAGACGCACAGUGAUGCAGCAGAUCAUUACUCCAGGAGGAGCUCAGUUCAGCUACACAUAUGGGAUUGUAAUCUGAACUCUGACUAGUGGUGGCAGGAGUUAAUCAUUCCUCUCAGCAUGCUGGAAAGCAGUCUGUCCAAAACUAUAAUCUGAGACCCAAACAUUCACUGGAGGAAACCACAGAGCACCAGAAUGGAGGGAGAAUCAAACACAGUAAAGAAGCUGUUAGAUAGACUUGGCCUUGAGAACAAAUAUGAAGAUAAACUUACCAGUGCAGAGUUUCUUAAAAUAUCUGAAUUCAGUUUACUGAACAAGGAGCCCAGUAAAGAGAAUGAACUGGUUCAUGCUUUCAUGAAACAGCUUUUGACAGGAGAUUACACAGCGAGACACGUCUCUGUCAAAACUGAUACCAACAUACCAAAGUCUCAGCCCAGACCUGAAAAAGGUGCUUAUGCUGCUCUGUUUAAAAAAUCCACUGUAAACACUGAAAGAAAACAUGCUGAGAUUCACCCGAUGGACGUUCAGAUGGCAGUGUUCCUCUGUGCAGAUGAUUUUCUUCGACAAAUCAUGGUGACUAAACUGGCACAGUGUCAGCAUGCCAUCCCUCUGCUAGUACCUGAUCCAUUUACGGGGAAAAUUGAACUUCCUCUCUGGACAAUGCGUCAAAUCAACAGGAGCUGGACUGAUGCUUCAGGAAAAAUCAUCAGCAAGCCUGUUUACAAAGCAGAAACUCCAAUGGUGGCAUUCUUCAGGCUUGGGUCUGUUUCCUCAUCCAAGUCUCAGCUGAUCAACAACCUGAUUAAUGAGAAACACAACACAUUUUUCCACAGAAACUGUAAAGGCAGCAGCAGAAACCGUCUACUGAUGGAUGGAGUGGUGGAGAUCGCUUGGUACUGUCCAUCUGGGAAAAGCUCUGAUUAUUUCAGUGAAUGCAUUGCUUUCUGUAAUCUUCAUGGUGAUUCCAGCAGAGCUGUAACUCAAAGAGAGAUUCUUACUACCAUGACCUCUGUAAAUGUUCUACUUUUGCCAAAGCUUGAUGAAGAUGAUAAUAAUAUGAGGAUUGUAGAGAAGCUCUGUAACUCAAAAACACCUCUCAUUGUUGUUCUUACUGAUGAAGAGGAUGAAGAUGAUGUGUGUGAGAUUGAUAAAGGAAAAUACAGAGUGAAACUGAAGAGUUUAAAUCAGUCUGCUGUGUCUGUUGUACUCAGAGAUGUGAUCAAGAAAUGUCUCUCACAAAAUCACAAGACCUUCAACCUUGAAAAAAUGACCAAAAACUCAGAGGUCAGUGUGGAUGAGAAAAAAGAGUCCUGUCAGAGAGGAAAGGAAGCUGCACAAAAUAUAAUGCAUCUUCUACAUAAAACUGAUCCACUGAGAGUAAAAGAGAAAUAUCUGCCCUGCCAGGGGAAACUGUGGCAUGACUGGUGUCAAAAGAGCAAAGACUUACACAGACUUCAGAGUAAAAAUAUAGAAAUAGAGCUCAGCAACAAGAAAACUGAGAUGAAGGAAAUAAGAAAGAAACAGCAGGAACAUGGCUUCAGUGAGCUCAUGGGGUUAUUUGUCAGUGUUUUAAACUCUCUGUCAGACAAUGAGAGAAAGUAUUUCCUCAGAUGGACUGGAAUUUUCCUGGAUGACUUCAUUUCAGAGAAACUCUCUGCUGUCCGACAAAAAUAUUACAACAAAUGGACAGAGGUGUUGGCUUUGAAAAAAAAAAUUGAUAAAGCUGAAGGACAAGUAAAUCUGGAGAAACUGAAGGCUGAAAAAUCAAACUUAGAGAAAAUAUCAGAAGAAUUAAAUGCUGCCACCUUUGGCUUGGAGCACAUUAUGAGAGAGAUGGGUCAGAUUUAUGAAGCCUCAGUGUCUGGAGAAAAGAACAUGAGAGGAAAAGAGGAUGGAAACUUGUCUUUUCUGCCUAAACUUGCUGCUGAACUCAUGAUAUCUGGGCACCCGAUGGAGCUGAUGGAUGGAGAUACAGCUUAUGUUCCUCUAACAUGGGUUUCAGAUGUUUUAGAUGAAGUCAUGAAGAAACUGGGAGACCAGACAGUGUUUGUGUUGUCAGUUUUGGGAAUUCAGAGCUCUGGGAAAUCCACCAUGCUGAAUGCCAUGUUUGGACUCCAGUUUGUGGUCAGUGCAGGCAGAUGCACCAGAGGAGCCUUUAUGCAGCUGGUUAGAGUUUCUGAGGACAAGAAGGAAGACCUGAAGUUUGACUACAUUUUGGUUGUUGAUACUGAAGGUCUCCGAUCUUCAGAGCUUUCUGGAAACAUCAUCCAUCAUGAUAAUGAACUUUCCACGUUUGUUGUAGGAUUAGGAAAUAUGACUUUGAUUAAUAUCUUUGGAGAAAACCCUACUGAGAUGCAGGAAAUACUUCAGAUAGUUGUUCAUGCUUUCCUCAGGAUGAAGAAGGUCAAACUAAACCCCAGCUGCAUGUUUGUGCAUCAGAAUGUUUCUGAUACUGCAGCUAGAGAGAAAACCAUGGAUGGAAGGAGGCAUCUGCAGGAGACACUGGAUAAAAUGACCAAACUAGCAGCUAAAGAUGAAGACUAUUACACAGAAAACUUCAGUGAUGUUAUAGCAUUUGAUGUAGAGAGAGAUGUGAAGUACUUUGCACAGCUCUGGGAAGGUUCUCCACCGAUGGCUCUAUCAAACCCAUGCUACUGCGAGAACAUUCAGGAGCUAAAGAGAGAUAUUCUUUCUCGUGCAGCAAAUACAAAUGGUCUGAAAUUAUCACAGUUUCAAAAGCGUGUGAAAGACCUGUGGAGGGCUCUACUGGAUGAAAAUUUUGUGUUUAGUUUCAAGAAUGCCCAAGAGAUAUCAGUGUACAGGAAACUGGAGCAGGAGUAUGGGAAAUGGACCUGGAGUCUGAGGAGUGCCAUGAUGACUGUAGAGGACAAAAUCCUUAACAGAGUAGCCAGUGGAACAGUGCAAACAGUUCAGAAGAAAGAUCUUAUAGAGGAAAUAGCAGGAACCCUGAAGAACAUCCAGAAGGAAUUUCACAAAUAUUUUGAAGAAGACCCUGAAAAGGAAACUUUGAUUCAGUGGAAAUGUAAAUUUGAGACACAAAUCCAGCACCUCCAUGAUGAUCUAAUAACUGAAGCAAAGAGAAAAGCUGAUGACACAAUUCAGCAGAAAAGCUUUAGACAAAAGCUUGAUGAGCAACUUGUGACCUACGAGAAGACCCUCUUCAAAAAGAGCAAAGAGCUUGCUUUAAAACUUAAAGGAAACAUUAAUGACAAAACACGUGCAAGUCAGGAAUUUGAUUCUAUGUGGAGAAAAUGGGUCUCUGAAUUAUCUGAACAAGCUCCAAAAAUCAAAGAUGUUAACAUCUCACAGGACAUAACUGAAGUUCUGGGAGAAGUCUACAAACAUGACCUGGUCUCAAUUAGAAAGCGUUCCACAGAGUAUAUAAACAUUGUUAAUGUCAGUGAUUAUAUCAGAUACGUCCCAACUAUCAAGAGCCUGCGGAAAAAAAAUUUAUUUUUUUUGUCUGGAAAUUCUCUCACACCGGAGAUAAACAACUCAAUCCGUGAUCUAAUUAUUAAAGUCACUGAAGAAACCAAAAUCACAGUGGGAUCAUUUCCAUUCUCAGCACAGGGAUACACUUCACAUUACAUUCAGUCCAUUGCUCAUGAUGUCAGAAAACAGGUGCUAGGAUUUGAAGCACAAUUCAAGAAAGAUCAGAAGUUACCUGAUGAUGUUUCUAUCUUUAAUCAGCAGUUCUAUGUAGAUCUCUCACUUUAUGUCUUUGAGCAAACAGCAGAACGCAUCACAGAGCUUCACAGGAAAUACAAAGGAGCAAAUGAUCCACUUAUUUAUUUUAAAGAGAAAAGGGCUGAGUAUUUUAACAUCUUUCUGAAAUACUGGGAGGGAGCAACAUCAGCAGCUAUACUUGGAGAUCAGGUUUGCAUUAAACUGAAAGAAGCGAUUCUGCAGAGUGUCUACAACGUGAUCGCUAAAUUUGUGUGUGGACAGAUGAGAGAAAAGCCACCAUUUAAUGGGAACAGAGCUGAUCUGGAAAAACACAUUCUGAAGUCUUUGGCAGAGCAGAGAGGAGAUAAGGACGAGAGGUUUAAUAACUACCUAAGAUACAUGAACAAUCCUAAGGUUCACUUUGAAGGUUUCAUCAAGACCAGGGUUAAAGAGUUCAUGGCAGCUGAAAACCCUGAAGCAGUUUCUGAAACUAAAAGGUUCAUUGAGCAAAAACAGAGUAAUGUCAUAAAUGCUGCAAGAAUAGCAACAGAUGAAGUCAAAAGUGUCCAUGGAGAUGUAAAUCAAUGGCUGGAAAUUUUCUCCAACAGUCUUGCAGAUGAGUUAGGAGACACUAGAGUUCACUUGUGUGAUGAAGAGUAUAAGGACAGCAUUGACCAUGAUGUUCUUGUGGAAGCUUUAGAGAAAGACAUCUCAGCUGUUGCUGAAGAGCUGAAGAGAAAUCUCAGUAAGAUUUCAGACUUCACCAUGGAGAAGUUCAGAGAAAGACCUGAUGAUAUUCUAAUCAAACACUUCUGCAGGUGCUGCUGGGAGCAGUGUCCCUUCUGUAGAGCCGUCUGUACCAACAGCCAACAAGAUCAUACUGGACUUCACCAUGCUGAUUUCCAUCGCUCAUCUGGAAUGAAUGGAUGGCAUUACAGAGGCACAACAGAAUUCUUCAUAGACUUCUGCACAACAGCUGUAGCAAGUAACAAGAGCUUCUACCCAUCCAGUGACUCUAAUACCACUGUUCCUUAUAAACAGUACAGGAAAGCUGGAGGGAAGUAUGAGAAAUGGGGAAUCUCCACUGAUCUUUCUGAGCUGGUUUACUGGAAAUGGUUUGUUUGUGAAUUUCAGAAAAAUCUUGAAAAGCACUAUGAGAGAAGGUUUGAUGGUUUAGGUAAGAUUCCUGAUCAGUGGAAAUCUUUUAGUCAGUCAGAUGCUGUUAAAAGUUUAGGAAUACAGUAAUACAUUUUAAUGCAUUCUGGCACUUUUCUGUGACGUCUGAAAACUCCACAGUCCAGCUUACUCUAAUGAGAAGGACUAAAGCCACAUCCACAUAUCAGAAUACUCUACACCACAUUCUAGAAAUCUCUACUGGCAUCAUACUGCCUGCUAACUCAUUUAACAAGACAACACUGUAGCAUCUCCAGGUCGGCUCACUUGCUCAUGGGGUCCGUUGCAUCCUUCUCAAAAACUCAAUUAACCAUUACGCAGCUCACAACUGACCUAUCACUACUUAUAGUCAUUUCAUUAUACCUCAACCAACCUGCUGUAACUCAUGGGAGCCCAGCUCCGGGAUGUCUGAUGGCUCUGGAUAACCAAUGACCCCCACAACGAGACUGGAGACAAAGGAGGAAUCCUGCCUCCAUGAAUGUUGGAGUUCUGCAGACCAUCAGUACUGAUAGCCCAGCCUCACACCCCUGGAACUUCCCAUCAACUUGUGACCUUAACAUGCAAAUCACCCUGCGCCUAGCAGUUUUACUGCCGUUAAAAGUCAACAAGAAUUCCCUAAUCUAAACCAAAUCAAUGCCUUGACCGGGGGAUGACCAAAGUUCUGACUGAAGACACACACACACACACACACAUACACACACACACACACACAUACACACAUACACACACACACACACACACACAUAUACACACACACACACAUAUACACACACAUAUACACACACAUAUACACACACACACACACACACACAUAUACACACACACACAUAUACACACACAUAUACACACACACACAUAAAUACACACACACACCCACACACACACACACACAUACACAUAUACAUACACACACACAUACACACACAUACACACACACACAUACACACAUACACACACACACACACACACACACACACA